AUGUUUGGCGACAAAGCCGUGGAUCUGAUCAAAAGUCUGUCGCGUGAGUCGACGGAUCCGAUGCCUUCGUAUUGCGAUGAAUUGGUGGACAAAGUGAUGGAUGAGAUGAAUGAACUCAAUCAACAGAUCCAACAAUUUGUUCAAUCAAAUGAAGCGACGAUUGAAAGGACUUCAGAGGAAUAUCGGCACCAAUUAGUUGCCACACAAAUUAGAUUCUCGGCUCUACUCUGGAAUAAGCGAUGUCUUCUGGCCUAUCAUUAUAAUCGUAUGGAGAAACUGAAGCGACUUCGAUGGCAAUUGGGAUCAGCUCUGCCUCAAGACAUCACCAAAAAUCUAUCGGAAGCGGAAUUGGUUUGGUUUUUGAGUUAUUCAAACAAUUUGUCCGAUUAUAUGAAUAAAUUGAAUAACGGAAAGGGAAUUGACUUGACUUUACACCAAAAGCCCCCAAAAAGGCUUUACAUUCAAGUUCGAUGUAAUACAGAGUACGGAGACCUCGAGUUAGACGACGGGACGAGUGUUGUGCUCACAAAGGAUAGUAUGCAUUUCUUGCCGUUAUCUCAAUGCGAAAAACUAAUAUUAGGGGGAGUUUUGCAACAAAUUUAA